GUGGUUCCGUGCACGCGGAAACGCGUGGCGCACGGACGCGUGCGCGCCUAAUCAAUCCGGGGCGGAGACGGCGGUGCGGACGCCCUUGGGCUGCGCGCUUUAAGGUCGACUGCACGCGCGUCGUCGGCAACGUUUAUUUAAUCGUUCGGUGGCAGUGGGCCGCGAGCAUGUGCGCCGUAAACGAUCGCAGGGGACGGAGUUGAGGGACCCGAAGGACAGUGAGCGCCGGCCGCGCGCCGACCACCACCCGUGGCGGACGCCAGCCAUGGACCGCAUUUUCCGGGGCAUAAUGAAGUACAGGCGGACGAACCGGGCGAAAAUGGUCCAGCAGUUCGUCCAGGUGAAGAACCAUCCGGAGCCCAAAGCUUUGUUUUUCACUUGUAUGGAUAGCCGAAUGUUACCAGCUAGAUUUACUGAAACCAAUGUUGGCGACAUGUUUAUUGUAAGAAACGCUGGAAACUUGAUUCCACACUCGCAACAUUUUCUUGACGAAUACACUACAUGCGAACCAGCUGCCUUAGAACUUGGAUGUGUACAUAACGAUAUAAGACAUGUUAUAGUUUGCGGACAUUCAGACUGCAAGGCAAUGAACUUGUUGCACCUGCUCAGGGAUACGGAAUUUGCUAGCAUCGAUAACCGCCGGCUGUCGCCGCUCCGAUCAUGGCUUUGCACACACGCCAUAUCAUCUUUAGAUAAGUAUCAACAACUGGAAGCAGCCGGCUUUGACACACCACUCGUUUUUCAGGCCGAGACACCCUUACGCAAGAUUAUUGCUUACAUUGAUCCAGAAAACAAAUUCAACGUAACAGAUAAAUUGUCGCAGGUUAAUACUCUGCAGCAACUACAAAAUAUUGCCAGCUAUGGUUUUCUUAGGAAGCGUCUAGAGGCAUAUGAUCUGCAUAUACACGCUCUUUGGUUCGAUAUUUACACGGGUGAUAUAUAUUAUUUUAGCAGACAGAAUAAAAAAUUUGUGGAGAUCAACGAAAUAAAUAUCGAUAAGCUGGUGGACGAGGUUUCUAAAUAUUAUAACUAAAAGCCGCUGUAACUUCCGAAGUGUUCCAUCCAUUAUACAUAUACGCGCAGACGUACUAAGACUUGGUGCUUAAUUCUAAGACUAUAAAACAGAACAAAAUAUUUAUUACAAUUUUACCUUAAUACCAAUCAAGACAUUCCAAUUAAAGUGAUACAAAAAUAUUAUUAUUAUAUACCGUACUUAAUUUUAAUUUAUAUUAUUGUUAUUGUU